GAAUCUGCUGCCACACCUCCACUGCAUCCCCUGAGGCAGCUUAUGGGACCCUUCCCUGGGCGCCUCUGCCCCAGGACACACCGCAUGGGAUGGCAAUGACACGUGGAAAGAAGAGACCCAUGCCCCCCAUCCCUUGCCUCAUCCUCGCAGCCGCUAGCUGCUUUGCCAAACUGAGUGAAUCUCUGCAGGUCACUGUGCAACCUUCCUCUAUUGUCCAAAAGCUUGGGGGCCCAGUUAGCCUGGGGUGUGUAGUGGACCCCCCCAGAGUGAACCUCACCUGGAGACUGAAUGGGAAGGAGCUGGCUGGAUCGGACGAGGUGCUGGGUAUCCACAUUGAGCGAGGGAAACUCGUCAUCACGGCUCUCAACAACCACACCGUGGGGCGAUACCAGUGCAUUGCUCGUGUGCCUGAAGGAGUCAUUGCCAGUGUCCCCGCAGUGGUCACGUUAGCUA